ACCUCCCUUCUCCCUUUAACGCAACUCGUUCUUCUCUAAACUCCUCAACUACGACCCUCCAUCCACGAUGAAAUUCACUACCACCUUUGUCACGCUCGUCUCUGCGAUGCUCUCUGUUAGUAGCGCCGCUGCUGUGGUCCCGCCGCAUGUGCUCGACGUGUUCGAACCGCCCAUCACGUCCCCGACUACCGGCGACGUCUGGACCGUCGGGUGGAAGACGAACAUCACUUGGGAUGUGUCCCACGCUCCGAAGCAGAUCACGAACAACCAAGGACGCAUCAUGCUCCGCAAGGCCAACUACACCACUCCCCUGAUUUUGGCGGAAGGGUUCAACAUCACCGUGGGUCAGGUUGAGAUUAUCGUUCCGUCGGUGAUCACCGGCGACGAUUACCAGCUCGUUCUGUUCGGCAGCUCGGGCAACUUCAGCCCGUACUUCACCAUCUCGGGCGCUUAAAUUUGUCUUUGGAGACUUCAUCGUCAUGAUUCAACACGUACUGCGGGAUUGCCUACCUUCUUCCGUAUUCUACCAUGCCUUAUCAAGGAUCUUGUUUGCAUCCCGCGUGAAUCGGUUAUAUUAUUCUCUCGCCGUGUCUAGUAUUUUCCGGACUUAACUCCGGCUUCAUGGCCGACGCAAAAAACCCGGAAGACAGGUGGUCCGUAGUCUGACCGCACUCCAAGUCCCUG